UCAUGGUGAGGAGUGGGGGGACAGCUCAGGGUGGGGGCAAAGCAGGUCCCCACGGCUGGCAGCCACCCCGGGUUUCCAGGGCCCUGGGUGCAUUUUAGGUAGGCGAGGGGGGUGCAGCACCUCGCCUCCCCCCGCACUGAUACAUCCGCUGCACAGGGACAGGAAGCGCCGGGGGGGGCCCCAACACGGCUCGCGCCUGCAGCACCAGGACCCGCUCCGGCAGCACCCGCUGAUGGCUGGAGCGCGGCGCUGCCUGCCGGCACCCGUGCUGCUGGCGUUGGCCGGGCUGGCGGCGGCGGGGGAACCGGUGGGGAGCCGUAACGACCGGGCGGUGGGGGCUCUGUUGGUGCUCCUGCUUUGCCUGGUAGUGGGGUUGGCCGUGGCCUGGCACCAUCUCUGCCGCGUCUCGUCCGGCCGCUACCAUCCCCGACCCAUGGGCCGCCGGGUGCUGGCGCUGCUGCGGGGACGUUGGUACCAGCUACGGGGACGGGGUGGCCUCGCCAUGCAGCCCUGCCACGAGGGCGGGGAGAUGGUGGUGGUGGCGGAUCUCCGGGAUGAGGAGGAAGAGCUGAUGCCGUGGAGCCAGGACCAGCGGCCGCAGGAUGAGGAGGAGGAGGAGGAGGAGGAGGAAGAGGAAAAUCAGAGGGAAGAUGACGAUGAAGAGGAGGAGGAGGAGGAGCGAGAGGAGGAGGAGGAGGAGGAGGUCAAAGCCAAGGCCAAGGCAGCCCCGGAGGUUGGGGAGAGCCCCCCGAGCGGGGGGCAGGUGGCGGGGGGCAGCGCCGAGGCCCUGCUCAGCGACCUCCACGCCUUCUCGGGGACCGCGGCGUGGGGGGACACGCGGCCCAACGUCACCGCCCUGUGACAUCACUGCCCUGUGACAUCACCACCCUGUGACAUCACCGCCCCGUGACAUCACCGCCCUGUGACCUCACCGCCCCGCCCCACCCAGAAGGGCCCAGUCCGCUGCCUGCCCGCCCCAGGGGAGGCUCCUGACUGGCUGCACAGGCCUGGGCACUGGCCAAUAAAAAAGCAGCUCUGCCCA